GGACAAUUAAUGCCAUUUUUCUUGUGAACUUCAGCCAAGUGGAGUAAAUGCAAUGACACACGCUGAGUGACUAAAGACAGAUCAUAUGAUGUUGCAAGAAUCAGUAAAUGUUAGACAAAGCCUGCAUCACAGGGUGCUGAUAGCUGCAUUGAUUGUACUUGCCCACGACCUGAGCAGUGGAGGAGGAGCACAGGGAUGGAUGUACAACUACAGCAUCAGUCCAAACCGUAGAUGGGAAGAGGCCCGCAAGUGGUGCCAGCAGCACUUCACAGACAUGGUAGUCAUCCAGAACCAGGAGGAGGCUGACUUCCUCAACAGUAUGCUGCCACAGCACCGCAAUUAUUAUUGGGCAGGCAUCCUCAGAAAGGCAGGAAAGUGGACCUGGGUAGGAACCAACAAGACUGUGUCUGAAGAGGAACAGAAUUGGGCACCUGGGGAGCCAAAUGACGGAAACGACCACUGUGUGGAGAUAUACAUCAAGAGGACAGACGACACGGCCAAAUGGAACAAUGCGGACUGCAAAAAAAAGAAAGGAACUGUCUGCUACACUGUCUCUUGCAAACAGGAUUCCUGCAGUGCCCAUGCAGACUGUGUGGAGACCAUAGGGAACUACACCUGCCGGUGCCAUCCUGGUUUCCAGGGACCACGCUGUGAAGAGGCAAUCUCAUGCGAACCCUUGCCAGAUCUAGAACAAGGUUCUCACAACUGUUUGCAUCCCUUUGGGUCCAGUCAGUUCAACUCUUCCUGCCAUUUCCACUGUGAACUUGGCUUUCGAUUGGUAGGCGCGCCCCAACUGCUGUGCCAAGCUAGUGGACGUUGGGACCACCCUGUUCCUCUGUGUCAAGUUCAACAGUGUCCAGUUCUGAACAACACCAAUAUCAGUGGAGGUAACAUGAACUGCAGCCACCCUAUUGCACCUUAUAGCUACAACUCCACCUGUGAGUUCAGGUGUGACGAAGGCUAUGGGCUCAGUGGACACGACCAUACACAAUGUGACCACACAGGCCAGUGGACAGCCAGUGUCCCAACAUGUACAGUGAAAAAGUGCUCCCCCAUUAUCUUUCCUGUACCGGGCAACAUGACAUGUGUGGACACUGUGGAGCCUUUCUCCUAUGGCUCAGGCUGUAACUUCACCUGCCAGGAAGGCUUCUACCUGACUGGAGAGAACACAAUCACUUGUCUGGCCUCUGGACAAUGGAGCAAACCUACACCUGCAUGCAAAGCGGUACAGUGCAACAGUCUAAAGGCUCCUCCCCAUGGCACCAUGCAAUGCCAAGACCGUCUAAGUGUGUACAGCUAUGGCUCAGUGUGCACAGUCCAGUGUGAAGAGGGAUUUGAUCUGAUUGGCACAAACAUGACAAAAUGUUUGUCACAGGGCAACUGGAGUCACGCACUUCCUGUCUGCCAGGCUAAGAGGUGCCGUCCUAUCAAUUCUCCCCCUCAUGGCUCCUUAUCUUGCUCUGACCCAAAUGGUUCCUUCAGUUUUGGUUCUAAGUGUGUGUCAGCAUGUGAGGAGGGUUUUCUCCUGAAUGGAACAGCUAUAACUGGGUGCACUUCCUUGAGCGUGUGGAGUGCCGACAUCCCACAUUGCCUGGCUAAAAGAUGUCCCACUCUGACCUCUCCCCCUCAUGGCUCCUUUGUCUGCUCUGAUCCACAUGGAGAGUUCAGUUUUGGUUCUCAUUGCACAUCAACUUGUGAGAGGGGUUUUGUCCUGAAUGGGACGGCUGACACAGAGUGCACGUCUGUGGGCACAUGGAGCACAAACAUCCCACGUUGCUUGGCUAAGAAAUGUCUCGCUCUGAACUCUCCCGCUCAUGGCUCCUUAGCCUGCGUUGAUCCCCAUGGAGUGUUCAGUUUUGGCUCUCAGUGCAACUCAACGUGUGAGCAGGGUUUUGUCAUGAAUGGAACUGCUGAGACAGAGUGUACCUCCGUGGGCACGUGGAGCACAGAAAUACCCCGCUGUCUGGCACGCCCAUGCCCCCUACUGGCCAAGGCUCCACAACAUGGGAGCAUGAACUGCAGCCAUGCAUACUCCCCUUUCAGUUAUGGUUCCCACUGUGACUUUGAAUGCAAUGGGGGUUUCUGGAUGAGAGGAACAUCAGCUAUGACAUGCAACACCUCAGGCCACUGGAGUCAGGACCUACCCACCUGCCAGCCGGUACAGUGUGAGACCAUCCGUGCCUUGUCUUUACCUCUGUCUAUGAAGUGCUCCCAUCCCCUGGGGAAUUUCAGCUUUGGCUCCAAGUGUCUUUUCACCUGUAAAGAAGGGUAUCUUCUGAACGGCACAGGGGUGCUGUUUUGCUCCUCCACUGGGUUUUGGAGUGACACACUUCCUACCUGCACAGAGGAGGGAAUGCCUGUGGGGGCCGCCAUGCUGAUGUACACUGGUGUAGGGGCAGCUGCUGCUGUCGUGCCACUUGCCCUGAUAGGACUGGCUUUGUUGAUAAGGAGACAAUUCACAAAAAGAGGAAAUAAGAACAUCUCUGAUGUGCCAACAUGGGAGGAGAGAGACAAUCCAGCAUUUGAGUUUUGAUGGAUUUUUUGUUUGUUUGUUUUGUGUUUUUACUUCUGCAGCAAAUAAUCUCAAAUACUUUUGAGCUUGCUUUUAUUAUAUGAAGCUUGCUAGUAAUGAUAUCAAUAUAUAUAAGGAUCACAGUUGGAUUGAGUUUAAUUUCAAGUAAGCAGAUCCUUAAGAAUUGCAAUUGCUGAAUUUUUAGAUGAAUACUUUAAACUUUUGUUAUUAAUAAAACUAGAACCAUGCUUGAUGCACAUAUAGUAUAGGUUGUGUAUAGCUUUUGUUUUAUUUCCUGCUUGUAUAUUACUUUUUUUCUUAAUGUCAAUAAACUCAU